AUGGAUUUGACAACAAAGUUAUCAAGGUUUGUGAUCAACUAUGACCCUAGUUCAAAUGAUGUAGAGCCUCUUCCUUUAGCUUGUGAUUCUCAGCAGGUGGUUUUAAAACCUUUUAGGGACUAUUCUUCAGACUUAAAGCUGAAGCUGGAUCACGACAAAAGACCUAUAUGGGUAUUUCCAGACGGAUUAAUAAUUAUUGAAACUUUUCACCAAAGUAGUAAAGCUGCGUGUGAAUUUUUGGUGACUAUUUCGGAACCUCUUAGUAGGCCAGAGCUGAUACAUGAAUAUCAAUUGACUAUAUUUUCCCUUUAUGCAGCAGUAUCAUUGGGAAUAACGGUUGACUCAAUUAUAGAGACACUUGGAAAAUUUAGCAAGAAUGAGAUUCCUGAUGCUUUGGUGAAUGCAAUUAGAGGUCAUUGCAAACUUUUUGGGAAGUUAAAAAUUGUAUUAUUGGAUGGAAGAUACUUCGUUGAAGCUACUAGCAGACAGGAACUGUCUUAUUUGCUUUCUGAUGAAAGAAUCAAAUCUGCUAGGAUUAUUAAAAAAGUUAACAGCUCAUCAAGUGCUGCACCAAGUACAACUGGAACUAACGCAGGUAAUAGGCCUGAAGAAGAUGAUAUUAAUAAAUCAGAUUUUAAUGUUGCUCAGGCUCCAAGUUUGAAUCCAAAUGAUCUUGCCUUUAAGAUUAGUGAAAAUCCUAAUAAAAACAAGGAUAAUAACGAAAAUACUGCAAGUAGUUUAUCUUUAACGGACCAAACCUCCAAUAAUAAUUCAAAUUCCAACUCUAACAAUAUGAUUUAUUCUUUUGAAAUUUCUGGUGAUAAAGUGGAUAUUGUUACAAUGGCAUCAUUUGUAACUCUUCAUAGGCCAUUGUUAUCGGAAUAUGACUUUAGAUCCGACUCAAAAAACCCUAAUCUAGAUGUUUCUCUGAGGCAUACUACUCAAAUUAGAUAUUAUCAAGAGCAAGCUUUAAGGAUGAUGUUUAGUAAUGGGCGUGCUAGAUCUGGAAUUAUAGUAUUACCAUGCGGAGCAGGGAAAACUUUAACAGGUAUUACUGCAGCAUGUACAAUGAGGAAGUCAGUAUUAAUAUUAACAACAAGUGCAGUGGCAGUUUCUCAGUGGAAGUUCCAAUUUGAACAAUAUACGACAGUGGAUCCAAAUAAGGUCCACUGUUUAACAAGUAGCAACAAAGAACCUCUUGGUCCGACUUCUGAAGCUGUUGUACUUGUUACUACAUAUACUAUGAUGGCAUUCACAGGGAAAAGAAGUACCUCUUCAUCUCAGAUUAUUUCACAAAUACAAGAAAGAGAAUGGGGUUUACUUAUAUUUGACGAAGUACAAUUUGCGCCAGCUCCAGCUUUUAGAAGAAUUAAUGGAAUUGUUAAGGCUCAUUGUAAGUUGGGUUUAACAGCUACUUUAGUAAGGGAGGAUGACUUAAUUCAAGAUCUCCAAUGGUUGAUUGGUCCAAAGUUAUAUGAAGCAAAUUGGAUGGAAUUACAGGAUAGAGGAUACUUAGCAAGAGCACUUUGUAGUGAAGUAUGGUGUCCAAUGACAGCGAGCUAUUAUAGAGAGUAUUUAGAUUGUUCUCAUGCUAAGAAAAGAAAACUUUGGGUAUGUAAUCCAAAUAAAUUAAGGGUUUGUGAGUUUCUUAUUCGUUGGCAUGAACAAAGAGGAGACAAAAUCUUAGUUUUUAGUGAUUCUUUAUUUGCUUUAAUUAAUAUUGCAGUGGCACUAAAGAAACCAUUUGUAUGUGGUAGUGUUGAUACUUUAGAACGUAUUAAAAUUCUUCAACAGUUCAAGGAAAACCCGAACUUUAAUACAAUAUUUCUUUCCAAGGUUGGUGAUAAUGCAAUAGACAUUCCAUUAGCCAAUGUUGUAAUUCAAAUUUCUUUUAAUUUUGCUUCGAGACGUCAAGAAGCUCAGCGUCUUGGAAGAAUCCUAAGGCCUAAACCAUACUCUGGUAUGAAAUCGGGGAAAGUGAUAAACAAAACAUCAGAAAAUACAGACAUUUCGGAGCAACCAUAUAAUGCUUUCUUUUACUCCCUUCUUUCGAAAGAUACAGAGGAAAUGGAGUAUGCUGAUAAAAGACAACAGUUUAUUAUAGAUCAGGGAUAUAGCUACAGAGUAAUGACUAUGGACUCUUUUCCAUUAGAAAAUGAGAAUCUGCAAUAUAGUGAUGUUGAGACACAAGAAAAAAUGCUUGAAUUGAUUAAACAAAGUGAUGAUAGUUUGGAUGAUGAUGAGCUUGGGGUCAAUAUUGAUGAAAUUGGAAAGAUAUCUAAUAACAGUGAUAUUCUCAGUUCCACUAUCACAAAAGUGUCUAACAUUGAUCAGAUUUCAUCUACUGCAUCUACCUCAUUUUCUUUGAAUUUAUCAAAGAAUAUUGGUAAAGAUUCUUUGGAAAAUCCAAACCAAACUAUAAGAAGGCCAGCAUUGUCUCUGAAAAAGAACACAAGCAAAGCAAAGAUUAAUGAAAUGCAUUCCUUAUUUAGGCAAUUUCACAAAAACAGAUAA